AUCAUACAAGAUUCUGUUCCACCACGUUCCUUUCAUUCUAGAAUAAAGUGUUUGAACGUUUCACUCUUCCUAAGUUAUAAACUAUUUUCGUAAAUUUGUUGCUUCCAUUGAUUAUUUUUCUACAUAUUUUAACCGUACAAAGUAAACAAUGACCGUGCGAGAUACCAUUAGAGAAUUAACGCAAGUAUGCAUGGAGAUUCGUAGUAGCUUGGAGUCGCUUGACAGAAAGGAACAGGAGAAAUUAAUAUUAAGGCAUAUCAAAACGUUUGCGGGCAAAGGGUUGCGAAUCGCCGAUUUCAAAACAGGAUUGGAAUGGUUCAACGUCACAGAGGGAUUAUCUGUAUAUCAACAUCUUGCUGGAAAGAUAAUCUUUUUGGAUUUCUUUACCUACUGUUGCAUCAAUUGUAUGCACAUUUUACCAGAUUUAGAUGCUCUUGAAAAACAAUUCUCAAUCGCCGAUGGCCUAGUCGUUAUUGGUGUACAUAGCGCAAAAUUUUCAAACGAACGCGAUUCAAAGAGAUUGUUAUCAGCAGUGCAAAGGUACAAUAUAACGCAUCCAGUUGUAAACGAUUCGACGCUAUCAACAUGGCGCAAUUUAGGAAUCUCCUGCUGGCCAUCUGUAGUAAUGAUAGGUCCUAUGGGCGAACCAUUGGCAGUCUUUGUAGGAGAAGGACACAAAAAAGAAAUGCUCCUAUACACAAACGUAGCAUUGGCUUAUUUUAAAUCAUUGAAUCAAAUUUCGAAGAAAAAUCUUCCUUUGCAAUUGGCAAGGCACUUAUUGCCUACAGGAGGAAAAGAGAAUCUGUUGUUCCCUAGCAAGUUAGAAGUUUUUCAAAGUGGACAAAGAGAAAGUCUUAUCAUAGCCGACACGGGGAACAAUAGAAUAUUGGUAACAGAUGUAACAGGAAACGUGGAACACAUCAUUGGUGGUUCCCAGUCGGGUUUUAGAGAUGGGGACUUUGAAAACGCUACGUUUAACGCUCCUCAGGGUGUAUGCGCGUUAGGUUCUUCUAUUUAUGUCGCCGAUAAUGAGAACCACGCGAUUAGAAAGAUAGAUUUAACAAAGAGGACCGUAACUACGGUCGCUGGCACGGGUUCUCAAGGUCAUGAUUACGUGGGUGGCAAACCUGGUAAAGAUCAAGCUCUGUCUUCUCCAUGGGACGUAGCUAUUUACAACUACGAACAUGAUAAACAUAUCGUACCAGUGUUGUUGAUUGCGAUCGCGGGUACACAUCAGAUUUGGGCUCUUUUCUUGGAAGACACUACUUGGUGGAAGGACAGAAAAUAUAAAGCUGGCACGUGCGCUGCGAUUGUUGGAAGCGGCAGGGAGGAGAAUCGCAAUAACUCUUAUCCUCAUACGGCUGGUUUAGCGCAACCGUCUGGAUUGGUCGUCGUUCAAGAGAAAAAGGUCGCCUUUUUUGCGGAUAGCGAAAGCAGUACUGUUAGACGCAUAGAUUUAAACAACGGGCGAGUUUCUGCGGUUUGCGGUGCGAAUAAGAAUCCAUCGGAUCUACAUGAUUAUGGAGACACCGAUGGUGCCCAAUACGACGCUAAACUUCAACAUCCUUUGGGAGUAACAUGGCAUGCUAACGAAGGUGUCGUCUACGUAGUCGAUACCUAUAAUCACAAAAUUAAAAGAAUCGACCCGAUCGGGGGCCACUGCAAAACCAUCUACGGUGGUGGAAAACCUAACGAGAAAUUUUCAUUCGACGAACCCAGUGGCAUCGCCGUCAGUUCCAACGGGGAUCUCUUGUAUGUAGCUGACACUAAUAAUCACGCUGUUAAGGUCAUCGACGUGAAGAACGAAGACAUUACUACGUUGUCCAUAAAAAUUCCCAUAAUCGAAUUAGACGACAGUUCUGAAAACGUUUACCAUUUUGAUACGACGAUCAGCGAGAAGGGUGGCGAAUUGAAUAUUACCUUCGUCGUUACUUUUCAAGACAGCGAUUUGAAAUUGAACCCGGACGCGCCUCAAACGUGGACCGUGAAGUUACCAUCAGCGAGCGAAUGGACAGUUAAAGCGAAGUCUGGCAAGCUUUCGAGUCCAGUAUCGAUGAAUGUUACCGAAGGAAGCGGAAUGCAUGAGGUACAUGUGAAUUUAGAUAUCAUAGCUUGCAAAACCACCGAAUGUAUACCAAAGAAAGUAUCCGUAGUGUAUCGUGUACGUCAGAAGACGAACGCAUCUGACGUUAUAACGGAACAGACGAAACUCGUUAUUAAAUAAUAAUGAUAAACGUUUUUUCAUAUCAUUAGUUUAUCUUCAACGAUUUUAACUUCUUGUUUAAAUACCGGAGUAGUUUUGAUCAGGAGUUGAUUGUUAAUUUUCAUCCAGAAUUAGAGUUGUUUCAGGACACCGACAAACCCUUUCUAGAUUUUCUCUCCUCUCGAUGCGAUCGUCCCGUUGAAAAGUGGUCAAUCUCAAAGGGGAAAGAAGGGUCAGAAUAAAUUUUUCAAAAUUAUUCUACUAACUUAUGCGUUUCCUUUAAGCAAGGAAAAUUCUCUUUGGUAACUAGGGGUUAUGCGAAAGUGUGAAUGUUUUUGAAAUUUUAUAUUUUUUAUUGAAAAGAAUGAUUUUUGUACUACGUAUGCAAAAACUGAACAAAUGUUGAAUAUAUAGUACAAGAUGGAUGAUUUUACACGAUAUACUUAAGUGACUUAUUGUAUUAACAUUGAGUUAACUGAAGAGUGUCUAGAGGACAGAAUGUUACAUUAAUUAUGUUAACAAAUCUAAUAAAAAAAAGUAUUCAGGCAA